AUGCUCAUUACAAUUGCGGGAAGCGCCUUAGCUGGCUACUUUUUCCGGAGAGACCGGCAGAGGUCCUCUGCUGCUCCUGGCCCGGCAGCAGCACCGGAGGCGGCAGCAGCAGCAGCUGCAGCAGCUGCUGCUCCAACUGCCGCAACACCUCCAGAAGCAGCAGCUGCAGCAGCAACUUUAACUAAGGAAGCCCACGGCGGGGGUCGUCAUCCCCAGGGGCCCCGUGAACAGGCAGCAUCGAGUGAGGCCUCUGCUGCAGCAGCCGAGGCGCAGCAACAGCAGCAGCAACAGCAGCGGCAGCAGCAGCAGCAGCCGCAGCAGCAAGAGCUGCGAAAAACCCGCUCACGAGGCCGCCGAAGGCAGCCCAUCCAAAAGCUGCACCGUGCCGUGCAGCGCCCGCUGCUUCCUGCUGCUGCUGCUACGCAGACCCUGCAGCACCAGGAGCUGCAGCCAGAGCAACAGCAGCAGCAGCAGCAGCAACAGCAGCAGCAGCCGAAGCAGCAGCUCACAGAAGCUGACAGGCGAAGACAGCAGCAAUUUUCUGACUUCCUCUCGAACGUCUGCCCAUCUAAAGCGCCGCAGCAGGAAAGGCGGGAAAAGCAGCAGCAGCAGCAGCAAAAGCCACAGCAGCAGCAGUUGCAGCCGCAGCAGGAAGGCGCUGCACUGGGGCCCAGCAGCAGCAGCAGGAGGCCAAAGCAGCGAAAGCAGGAGCACAAGAAGUAG